UACCAUUCAUGCGUUCGUUCAUUCAGUUCAGUAUCAACUGAGUCGUGUGUAAGUGAACUGACAGAAAGAUUUCCUGAAGACUAAAGCUACUCCAGCAUUCUGAACAAGAUGAACGCCGAGCCUGUUGUUAUUGUUUCUGCUGCACGUACUCCAAUUGGAUGUCUGAACGGUGCUCUGUCCACACUGUCUGCAAGUGACCUGUGUUCAGAAGUCAUUAAGGAUGUUCUAAAGCGAGCUGGAGUGAAACCAGAAGAGGUCUCUGAGGUUGUUUUGGGCCAAGUCUUAACUGCAGGGCAAGGGCAGAACCCUGCACGACAAGCCAGUGUCAAGGCCGGUAUCCCAUAUCUUGUCCCAGCAUGGAGCUGCCAGAUGGUGUGUGGUUCUGGGCUGAAAUCUGUGUGUCUGGGAGCUCAAUCCAUCCAAGCAGGAGAGUCCACUGUAGUUGUCGCAGGAGGCAUGGAGAGCAUGAGCAGGGUUCCUCAUACAGUGCAAAUGAGAGCAGGCGUGAAGAUGGGAGACGUUUCUCUCCAGGACUCCAUGGUUGCUGAUGGACUAACAGAUGCCUUCCAGGGAUACCACAUGGGCAUUACAGCUGAGAACGUGGCGAAGCAGUGGGGCAUCAGCCGAGAGGAGCAGGACCGCUUCGCUGUUCAGUCUCAGAACAAAACGGAGGCUGCGCAGAAAGCAGGGCAUUUCGAUCAGGAGAUCGUCCCCAUCAUGGUUCCGUCCAGAAAAGGGCCAGUGGAGGUGAAGGUGGAUGAGUUUCCUCGACAUGGCAGCAACAUGGAGAGCAUGGCCAAACUCAAACCUUGCUUCAUCAAGGACAGUGGGACGGUCACUGCUGGAAACGCUUCAGGAAUUAAUGAUGGAGCGGCAGCCGCAGUCCUGAUGGGUCUGUCAGAGGCUGAGAGGAGAGGCAUCAAACCCAUGGCUAAAAUAAUAUCUUGGGCUCAAGCUGGCCUUGACCCUUCUAUAAUGGGAACUGGGCCGAUACCAGCUAUCAAGAAGGCGAUUGAGAAAGCCGCUUGGCAGCUGGAUCAGGUGGAUUUAUUUGAGAUUAACGAAGCUUUUGCUGCUCAGUCAGUCGCUGUCGUCAAAGAACUCUCUUUAAAUAAAGAUAAGGUCAAUGUGAGCGGUGGUGCCAUUUCUCUGGGACAUCCCAUCGGCAUGUCGGGCUGCAGGGUGCUGGUGACCUUACUGCAUGGACUCCAGAGGACUGGAGGAAAGAGAGGAGUGGCGUCCCUUUGCAUUGGAGGGGGGAUGGGCAUCGCCAUGUGUGUGGAGAGGGUUUAACAUAAGAGCGUAGGAUCCUUAAUGUGUUGCACUUAAUUUCAUCUCCUUAAUCAAGAUUUUAAAAAGACCUGUUGUUUACAUUGACAUGUAAGAGAUCAGCUUCAGACUCAUGUCUGCUUAAAAUGAAGUAUUUUGCUGUCAAUUGUAUCCACUAACAGUUUACAGUUCUCACUGAGUUUAAGUUCCUCAGGUUUUUGCUGUGGCAGCUGGUUAUGUUCUAGAGUCACUCAGUUUAACAGCUUUAAGUGGUAAAAGUUCCUAACCAGUAACUAGCAUGUUAAAGGCAGCAGUCUGGCUUGUAAUGCAGCCUCCAGUCAUUGUUAGUGAAACAGGAAAAAAGCUUUUAACCAAGUUUUGGGGGGAAAGGGAUAUUUUCUUAUGUAAAGCACUAACUAGUGCACCUGAUGAACAUUCCAGUAUGUUCUUGUGGAAUGAUUAACUUUAAAAAGAAACAGAAAGCCAUCUUUCUGACAGUGCUUGCAGCUUCAUAUAUUACCUUUUUUCUUACUAAAGAGUUAUGACCAUAUCAAAAGAAA